CUACAUGAAAAAGAAUAAACAUUCACCUGAUUUGAUAGAAUCAGCCUGCAAAGACUUGGUCAAAUUAUGUGAUUUAGUUUCACAAUCUGAAUAUUGUACUGAUGAUAUAUCAAUUACUAUAAUAGCAUUUUUAAAUGGUAGAACUCUUGAGAAAUGGUGUAAAGAUGCAACAAAGAAUGCAGAAGAUCCAAGAGAUUGGUUGGAGACUUCACCAUUUAAAGAUGAUAUAUCUGAAAUUUCUGCUCAAGAUUUGGGUGAAAUAAAAGAUACAGGAUUUGAUAUCUAUGAUACUUCAAAUCAAUAUUCAUUUGAAGAAGCUAAAGAAUUUGCUGACAUGACAGUUUCAGAUUUUUAA